AUGGUGUAUUACGGGAAAGGUAUCGCGUGUGCAGCGACGGGCGAUGUGCGCACCGCGGAGAAGUAUAGAGAGUUGUAUGCCGCCGCGGCGAAGAAGGUGCCGCCGACGAGGCUGGAUUUCCCGAACAGGAUUGUCGACGUGUUGAAGGUCGCACGGCUAUGUUGGAUGGCGAGCUGGAGUAUCGCAAAGGGGAACUUCGAGGUCGCGUUCAAACACCUUGCGAACGCUGUGGAGGCGGAUGAUGCGCUGCUGUAUACUGAGCCCUGGGGCUGGGUGGUCCCCACGCGCCAUGCCUAUGCGGCUUUGUCGCUGGAGCAGGGACGGGUUGAGGACGCGGCGCGCGCGUAUGCGGAGGAUUUGGGGCUUGAUGGCUCGUUGACUCGCGCUCAGCAGCAUCCGAAUAAUGUGUGGGCGCUGCAGGGGUAUCAUGAGUGUUCGGUGAAGAUGGGCAGAGAGGCUGAGGCGGGUAUUAUCGCCCAGCAGCUGAAGGUCGCCGUUGCGGCGGCCGAAUGUGCCGAUUGCUUCGUCGUGCUUCUGCCGGAGGGGGGAUGUUGGUGGACAGAGUCAAGGAGGUGA